AUGAACGAUGACAGUGAGUACGACAAUGCUGUUAACUGUGAGAAUGCAUACUGGGAGCAUCCAAUAGAUGACGGACAGCCGAACCAACCACAAAGGGAAAUGAGCAGGCGCACAGAAAGAGUUAUAUGCAGACUCAUGACGCAAGCGAUAUAUUUUGCAAAUGCGUGGAGUCCAGAAGUAAGGCAGAACGCACAGGAGAUAGAAGGGAGGGAUAAGGAAAUAAAGGGAAUAAUGAGAUGCACAAUAGCGAAUAUAUACCAAGACAUACUCCGGACAUAUGCAUGCGAGGGUUGGUGGGGCACAUACUACGCCUGGUACACAACACAGAUAAUUUGGGAUGCGUUAAAGGACACAUUGGGGGAACACCAUUGUAAGCGGGGUAUGUAUAAGAAUAUAAAAUUAGGGGACUGGCCCAUGAGGCAGCAGAUGAAGACAUGGCUACAGCAGAAUGCACGCAUGCAGAAGAAACUUGCACAGGAACAAAUACACGAUGGGUGUAGGGGAGGAACCGUCAAGACAAAGGGAAAACUGCAAGUGGAAGGAGUUAUAAAGGACGACGAGUCUGAAACUAAGAAGGACGAAGAACUGAAGACUCAAAUGAAGGGGGAUAUUACGAAAAUUUUGGGCGACGUGAAGCGCAAAAUGAAGCAGGAGCAGGAGGCGGUCACCUUAAAGGCGUCAAGUGGGGCGGCACCCCCGGAUCCUUAUGUGGACGACGCACACGAAAAAAAGGAUGCCGCGAUAGAGAAUGAAAUGCAACAAGCAAUCGCGCACGUGAAAGAAGAAUUAGACGCAGUGAUCGCGAAGACUGCCGCUGCACAAGACGCCGCCGCCAAAGCAGCGACCACACCAUCAAAGGCAUCGCCAGCUCCGUCGCUGUACCACUUCGGUUGA